ACAUCCAUCAAUCUCACAUCCCACAUUCCUUUCAAUUUACAGAAUUCCUCAUUUCUGCUUUUGUGAGUUAGUUUAUUCCAUUGUUGUACAGGGCUCUCUUGAUUUACUCUACUUUGUUCUUCUCUUUCUUGUAUGAGCUGUUAUUAUUAUUCCUUUGAACCCGUUUUAGCCUCCGUUUUCUGUCUCGCGUAUUUUUUUUCGCAGUCCCUUCUCUCACGUCCUCUCUUUUAGUUUCUUUCCUUCUAUUUUCUCUCACUCAUGCCCAUUUUUUCCCAUCUAACACUAGCUGCGGUAGCACUCGGCAUGACUUACUAAGCCUUGAAUUCAGUUGAACAAGCAAACCCAUUCUCUAAGAUGGUUUUCGGCCGAACUCGAACCAGCGGGAAUGCCGCUGAAAGUAGGUUCAUCCACAUGCCAUGCGCGGUAGUUGCUAACAGCCCGGGUUGUAGGUUCCGGGCCCAGCAUGCGCGAGAUGUUCAAGUUACUUACAGAGAAGCUGGACCAGAUACAGGCGACUCAAAACUCGAUUCUGACUAAUUUCACAGAAAAGUGUCUGACACAAAAUCGGGAGAUUGAAGAGCUUAGACGUUUAAUGCGCGACACCGAAGACCAGUGUAAGGCGCAGGAAUUAAAUGAACUCCGGAAAGCAUUGGGGCACACUGAGGUGACCCCGUCUGCGGGUGAGCGUUUUAACUCUGAUGCCUUUGAGGCACAGCCCACCGUUUCCCGUGGUAAUGCCGGUUCAAUUCAGCCCGCGGAAAAGCCAAAGCAUAAUGGCACUAUUGCUGAUAGUUUUGAGAGGACAAUAUCUCCGGGUGAGUUUAUUUCCCAGGUAGAGAUUAUUUUGCUCUACAGCAUUUCUGUUGGUACUAACCACCAACUAUCAAGAACUCGAUCCAUUGCAGUCCGCUGCCUACCAGGACGUUGAUAUGGCAAUGUCAGCCGGCGACAGCGACCGUGAAAACGUCGCUCCGGCUCCGCCAGCACCGCUCCCCCGUACUGAAUCUCCUGUUCCCGAAACACCCGUCUUUCUGUCAGCUACCGAGUCGAAUAAGUCGAAGGAGCGCCCCGUUCAAAAGAUGCGGCCAACAAGAGGCAAGCCUGGUAGAGGAAGAGGGGGUGGCAGGGUACCUGUCCAGAUGAGCGGGGACGCAUGCUCGAGUUCAGACGAAUCAUCUUCCGACGGGAUUGCGGAAGCUCCAAAGUUAGUUCCGACCAGAGGAGGGUUUGGGAAGGCCAGAAGAGCCGGCCCACUGAUGAGCGGUAGGGUUCAACCUCAAGUUAAGUCGCCGACGGCGGUUCAUCCGAUUGAGGGAGAAUCAGGAUCAGAGUCGGGCGCUGAGGAGCAGGUACCUUCUAGUGGAUUCGUCGCGGUUAAUCAAAAGAGUGUUAAAACCCCAGCGAGGAACACAGCUCCUCUCUUGGCCUCAAUCGGGCCGGGCAUGCCAAGUGCCCCUGGGGCUACUUCUAGUAAGAAGAUUCCGCCCCCUUCUGCGAAGGCAAUCGCUCGCGGCCGCAAAUUUCCUGAAAACCUUCCUGAGACGCCGUUUUGGUUCACGGCCGACGCUAUUAAAGCGAUUACUGGAACGCGUCCGGGGAAGAUUGUAGCUCAGGUUACCAAGGAGAACGUGCUCCACUACGAAUAUUACAUUGUAUUCACACCUGAUCUCCAUUUUAACCCACCCAAGGCCAUUGGUAGCACUUGUGAGCUCAUCGAUCUCCACAAAGCAGAGGGUGAACUUUUGGCAUCACGCUAUCCUAUCUUCAAAAAGAUGGACAGGGCGCACUUCGCCUUUUACGGCGAAUACAAGGUAGGGGGUCGCAGAAUGGUUCCUCUGUCUGUUUGGCAAAAUUCCGAUCCUGUCGUGAAAAAGAAAUGGGCAGAGAAGUUCAUAAACACAGGUUGGGGCUCGAAAAUGCUCCUGGAUAAAGGGCUUAGGACCCACGGCGAGAUCCGCAACUUCACUCUCAAAGAUAUUAUGGAGUUCUUCAAUCGCGAGGAUGAAUCCAAAGCUCUCAGGCUCUCUGCGACUUCCUUCGAAUUUGUCGACUUUGAUCGCAAGCUUUACGAUCAAAUGGUCGCUGUUGCGGAAAACCUGUCGAACGGCGGAAUGCCCGCACCGAAUGCCCCCCGCAGUACUCAGACGACAAGGGUACCUAAGCAAUCUGCCAUCCUGAGCGCCGACGAUGUCGACGACAAGGAGGAAUCUCCCCCGAUCGCUGCGAGAAAACGUCGCAAGGUUGGUACCGAAUCCCCGGCCCAGGCUGUGGGGCCAGAAAGAGAGCGCCGUUUCCCAGAAAGAGCCCGUAGAGCUACCCAGGGAGCGCAAUAUUCGAUUCUUCAUUUGAGCAAGGCCGGUGAGCAUCAGUCAACCCCGUCCAGCAGCAAUCAAUGGAGGGUUGAAAGUCGCAAAAAACGUGAACCGACGCCACACGAGCCGUCCGCCGGUGAGGAAGACGACCGCGAUAGCGAUGAGGUGGAAAUUCAGGAAGAUGAUACGGACUAAUUUGGCUACAUCUUACAUUUACCUCUUUCCGCGCAGGUUUCCCCCUUAAUUGAAUUACUUUUCCUUUACCUCAAAUUUCAUGGCUACCCGGGGUCUGAAUGUUUCUAAUUUUAAUUGCUCUGCUAUCAAAUUUCUAUCUUUUGUCCAAUUGUUUGCGCGCGAAAGGCGUCUCAGAAAAUAGGGGACAGGGUUAGGUGAAUGGUCAAUGUUCCGAGUCGUGGGGACCAAGGGUAGCGGGGCAAAGUAAUUUAGUACAAAUGCUGGUACCAACGGUAAAUGGCAGUGACGAGUAUUACAUGAUCAAAUGUGCUACGAGAUGAGGGAAUAGAACUGCCCAUAGUUUGCGCGCUGUGGGUGCUCGAGUAUGGUAAAACCGGAUGAUGGGAGCUCAGGGACGUGAUUUGUGAUGUGUGGUUCUGGGCAACUAGAGUUGGGAUUAACUUAGUCUCCAGCUGGCAAUACUGAUAGCUUUAGACUUAGGGCGCGUCUGGUCGGGGCUUUUUCAAACCUUCAUAAUCACAAAAUGGAGGUGGCAACAAGAAACUACAAUAAUCUCAAGAUGAUGGUUUGACGGAUGUAAUGUCACAAUUCUGUAGCUGGUUACUCCAACCCUACUGACCAACAAAAAUACUGCCCAGAAUUGUUGUUUAA